CUAAACUCAGCUCUUUUCCAAACCCUACGCCAAUUUUCCAAGAGUCUUAGAUGGAGGACUCUAGCAAUUGUGAUACACCUUGUGAUGGAGAGAGUGUAGGGGUGAUCCUAAAUCAGAUGACUACCGUGCUGAAAUGCGACCUUCAACCGCUAAAUACUGACUGUGAUGCUAGCUCUGUGGUUUCUAUGACGGAGGGUUGUGGAUCACCUAUGUCGUCGUGGGAUUCCGAACCCGAAACUGAUAUCUCUUCUGCAAUCACUUGUCAUGUAAUGCCUGAUGAAUCCCUUCAGGAUGUUGACCGUGAAGGAAACUAUCCGGAUUCGGAAGAGGAAAACCAGUUCGUUGGGGUGGAAAACAAUGAUGAUGGUUUUUCGUGGGAGAUGGACAAUAGAAGUUACGAGGAGUUGGUCAAAAAGUUCAAUGAAAAGGAGGAAGAGUUAAGAGUUUCCAAUUUUAAGCUUCAGCUUUCAGAACAAGAGAUUAUAGUGCUGAAAGUUCAAGUUGAGAAUAGUGAGAGUCAGAUUAAUGAUAUGCAGGAAGUAUUGGAGCUGAAAGAGGAUGAGUUGUAUGAACAAAAAGAGCUUUCAGAUAAAGAGAUUCUCAAGUUGAUGACUCAAAUUGAAAAUAGUGAGAGUCAACUUGAUAAUGUGCGCGGAGAAUUAAAUCUGAAAAAUGGUCAGCUUGAUAAAGUGCACAAAGAAUUAAAUAUGAAUAAAGUUCAGCUUCUUAUGAUGCAUAAAAAGUUGAAUCUGAAAAAUGUUGAGCUUGAUAAUGUGCGCGGAGAAUUAAAUCUGAAAAACUGUCGGCUUGAUGAUGUGCACAGAGAAUUAAAUCUGAGAUACUGUCAGCUUGAUGAUGUGCGCAAAGAAUUGGAGCUGAAAGCGGGUCAGUUUGAUAAUAUCUACGGAGAACUGGAGCUGAAAGCGGGUCAGUUUGAUAAUAUCUGCAAAGAAUUGAAGCUGAAAGCGGAGGAGUUGAAUGAACAAAAGCAGCGUUCGAAAGAAGAGAUUUUCAAGUUGAAGACUCAAAUUAAAGAAAGUGAGAAUCAACUCGAAAAAGUGCGGGAAGAAUUGAGUCUGAAAAAGGAGGAGCUGCAAAAACAAACUGCUGAAUUGGAUACUCAUAUUCCAGAAUGCGUCAACAAGAUUACAAAUUUGAUGGAACAACUUAAGGAGGCUCAAAAUAAGCUCAAGUUUUCCAAUAAUGAAGUCGCAAAGGAACUUAGUGUUAAGACAUCUAUGAUUUGUCUGUUGCAAAGUCAGAUUAAAGAGCAAAAUACAGACAUUGCUGCAUUAGAAUGCAACAUAGAUGCCUUGGUUACAGCAAAGGAGGAGAAUGACGUUAACCACAAGGAGGAGUUGAAAAAAUUGAAUUCGAAACUGCUUGAAAUGCAGGUCGUGUUCUCUUGGGAGAAAGAAAAGACACAUGCUGAUAUUGCAAGGUUGUCAAAACAGAAAAAACAACUGGUCUCUAAACUGGAGGAAUUUGAGUCUAGAAACAAGGAUUUAGAAGAAAAAGUAAUGCUGCAUGAAUCUGAAAAAUCGAAUCAGAAAAAGCUGCAUUCUGCUCAAGUAAAACUUUUGCAGGAUGAGAUCAGUUGCUUGAAGAAAGAACUUGGUCAAAGAAUGAACGAUGUAGAAGCUGUGAAUAAGGAAUCAAGCAAGGUAAUGGCUGAAAUAAAUGAAUCCAAUGUCAAGGUUGAUAAGCUUAAGGCUGAGAUAUGCUCGCGCGGCGAUCAAAUAUCACAUAUGAAGAAGCAUAUAGACGAGCUGAACACAUCGCUGAAGGAGCUGGUGGUUCACUAUAGAACAAAAGUGAGUGAUGAAAAUAAGCUGAUAAUGCGAGUUGAAGAGCUUGAAAAAGAGGUGAGUAAACAGAAUGGUGUGAUCUUAGAAAAGUCUGAGGAGAAGAAGGAGGCAGUUAAACCACUAUGGAGUUCACUUGACUACAAUUGGACUGGAUGUAGUGACUUGUUCAAGCGUUGAAUGACUUAUAGGCAUGGUGGCGGUUUUACGGUUUUGUGUCGUUUUAUUUUGU